UUGUUUUGAGUUAUUAUUCUUUUUUUUAUUACUUUCCUCCUAAGGAAUUUUUAUUUAUUGGUGGGGACCAGGAUUGUUUUUUUGUUGUAUUAUUUUGGAAAUAAGAGCUUGUUGGCCCCCAAGGAGGAUGUAUUGGUUUUUAAUAAGGAGCUUGUUUACUAUGAAUGUGGGUUUGAGCUUUAUUAUUUUAAGUACAGGUUUUCUUUGCAGUACUUUAUUAUUGGAUUGUCUUUUAUAUUGUUUGAUUUGGAAAUUUGUUUAUUUUUACCGGUAAUUUUCGCUGUGGCCCUGAGUGGUGCUUCCGUAUACGUAAGUGUUUUAUUUAUUAUAAUUUUAUUGUUGAUUUUUAUUUAUGAAUUAUAUUUAGGGGUGGUAGGUUGAUAG